CUUCAGUCGGUGUAUCACCGCGAGACUCGCGAGACCUGUGAAGAACAAACGAAAUGGCAACGCUCCAAUGACCCGAAGCUGCGUCGUCGAUCGACGAUCACGCGAUCUAACCCUGAAAUCGUGGAUCACCUCGCAGAAGCGACGUAACGUUGUGUGGCCCGUGUUAAAUUUGCGCGGUACGAGUGAAGGUGCUUAAUUUUUCUGACGCGCUGGCUUUUACGUGCUGGUCAAGUUCACACGCGACCCUUCGGAAGUCGCUUCUUCGUUCCACCGAUCACAGCCUAAGGUCGGUGCUGGUAUCGAACUCGCGGUGGUCGUCGUUGCUGGCGCCGAAGGUCCGUCUCAAAGAGAAAACGUCGUCGUGUCCUCGAUACGUACCGCACUAGUGGUUUAGUCGUGCAGACGUACCGAAGGCGGUUGAGGCCGAGUAAAAUUUCCUCGCCUACCUACUCGGUGUGUUAGUGAGUGAGUAAAUUACACUACGGUGGUUCGGAGACCCGAACGUCUGUAUCGGCCUGUCAGCGUUUCUCUGUGCAUCGAAUGACGGAAACCAGUUUUUCCUCACCGAGACGAUGACGCGAAGAUACUUGUUGUUUACCGCCGAAAGCUUUAGGCCUGCAUCUUGCGGCUCUUGGGAUGUUUUUUUUUCUAAAACCACUGUCUACCGGCUGACAAUCCGUUUUCAUUGUUAAUAACGUCGCGACUUUGAAACGGGAGUUUUCUCUUUUUUUUUUUAUUUUUUUUUUCUUAACCACGUAGAUCAGUCGUAGAUCCUCUCGUCGCAGGAUGGAAGCAUAUCGCGUCUGGUCUGAAGACCUUAGAGUCAGAAUAAAGAAACUAUUAACGACGAUUAGAGCCGGUCGUUUAAUCUCAAAGGCAAACGCGUCUUGCUUGAAAAUCACCUUUGGACACACUUUGCAUUCCCAUUGAGUCCAACCUUCGGGUGUUGAAAAUUGACGAGCAGCGAAUUGUUGUCGCAUCUUUCGUCCGCGACAUUCGAAAUGAACAUCGACUGCACCAGCGCUAUUGUAACCGCAGUUUGGAACGUCGUCAAUGUCAGCAGUUCGGAUCAGCUCUAAACUCUAAAGUGAAUCGCAACUCGCCUUCGGCAACCUCGAGUUAGCACCUAUUUCGGAUUACCGUUUGUACCUACCCGUGAAGUUUUCCCACAAACUCGUGCGGAUGAGCUCUCUGCUUGCCUCCUCGUUGAAGGGGGCUCUUCGUGGUGGACGCGAUCGACGCUCAGACGAACGCGAAAUGAAGCUGUUCGGAUGUCGAUGGUCCUUCUGGAACUUCGCUGCUAGUCUUACAGGGACCACAUCGACGCCAAUAAUGCCGAAUGGUGCACCAGGGACGCCAUCGUCGAAAGCGAAGGAGAAACUCAUGAUGCGGACGAAGGUUGUAGUCGCGUUGUACCCUUUCCGAGCCAUCGAGGGAGGCGACCUGUCCCUCGAGAAGGGGGCGGAAUACGAAGUGUUGGAUGAUUCUCAGGAGCACUGGUGGAAAGUCAAAGACGAGCAUGGAUCAGUCGGCUACAUACCCAGCAACUACGUGAAGGAAAAAGAACUUCUGGGUCUUCAAAAAUACGAGUGGUACGUGGGCGACAUGUCUCGUCAACGCGCCGAAUCUUUGCUAAAACAAGAAGACAAGGAAGGGUGUUUCGUUGUGCGCAAUUCCUCUACGAGGGGUCUAUACACGUUAUCUUUAUACACAAAAGUCGGGCACGCCCACGUCAAGCAUUAUCACAUCAAGCAGAAUCCACGAGGAGACUUUUACCUCUCCGAGAAACAUUGCUGCAACUCAAUUCCCGACCUUGUCAAUUACCACAGACAUAAUAGCGGCGGACUCGCCAGUAGACUGAAAACAAGUCCCUGUGAUCGUCCCGUUCCACCUACAGCUGGUCUCAGCCACGACAAAUGGGAAAUAGAUCACACGGAACUGCAUUUAUUCGAUGAAUUGGGCCAGGGACAAUUCGGCGUUGUCAGAAGAGGUAAAUGGCGCGGUUCCAUCGACGUGGCUGUAAAAAUGAUGAAGGAGGGUACCAUGUCCGAGGACGAUUUUAUAGAGGAAGCUAAAGUCAUGACUAAACUGCAACAUCAGAACUUGGUACAGUUAUACGGUGUCUGCAGUAAACAUCGACCGAUAUACAUAGUGACUGAAUACAUGCGGCAUGGAUCACUUCUCAACUACCUCCGCGGACAUGAAACAACCUUGGGUUCCAACGUUGGCUUGUUACUAGACAUGUGCAUACAGGUCUGCAAAGGGAUGGCAUAUCUAGAAAGGCAUAAUUACAUCCAUAGGGAUCUCGCCGCUCGUAAUUGUCUUGUGGGAUCUGAACAUGUUGUCAAAGUUGCUGACUUUGGCUUAGCUAGGUACGUGCUGGAUGAUCAAUACACCAGCAGCGGCGGUACAAAAUUCCCGAUAAAAUGGGCACCGCCUGAAGUUUUGAAUUAUACCCGCUUCAGCUCAAAGUCUGACGUAUGGGCGUACGGAGUAUUAAUGUGGGAAGUUUUUACUUGCGGCAAAAUGCCCUAUGGUCGUCUAAAGAAUACCGAAGUUGUUGAACGUGUUCAACGCGGGAUGGUCCUAGAAAAGCCCAAGGCCUGCUUCAAGGAAGUUUACGAUGUGAUGAGGAGCUGCUGGUCCCAAUGUCCGGAAACGCGACCUUCGUUCCGCGUCUUGAAGGAACAGCUGAUCAACGUAUCUCAGCGCUUGCUCAAUGAUUGACUCAACCUUUUGCGGUGUAUGCGCCUAUCCUCGCCAUCAAAACAGUCUAUCCUGACCCCUAAAUCUCCAUCGCUAGGUCGGUCCCCAUCCAUAUUGCCUUCGUCAAACACUUCAUACAAUUCCGCAACGCUGCCCGCCUCACACAAGAUACGGGGACCAGCAUCGUUACCUUCUUCAGCUGGUUCCGUAGUUCCUCUAUCAUCGUCAUCCCCUAAACUUAAAAGAGGUGGCUCGUCAUCACCAAGCACACCUGGUCACCUGGCUAGUCAGCCAUCAUCUAGCUCAUCCGACGUAUGCGACAUAUGCAGCUCCUACGGUCAUCCGUGGAUCGAAAUAUGCAAAGCUAUACGUGCCACUAAGGGUAAAUGAGUAAUACUAUUGUCUUAACCUAUUAUCCUAAUGCAUACUCUCUGGGAAAGAAUUAUAACGUUAAAUUUAAGGUGGAGAGAAAUAUUCAAAAAAAUAUUUCUGGCCAAGAAAAAUUUGAAAUUUUACAAUGGUCAAUAAUUUAUUGUUUUUGGAGUUUUUUUUUUUUUUGCUUUGUUUUCCCUAAAGAAUCUCCUAUUCCACCCUAUUCCAAAGUCGUCCCAUAAAGUGUCUGUACAGGUAACUAACCUAUGAGGACGAACACCGCUGAAUCUUAACAACUUAAUCUUCUUUUAAUUCUCGAAAUAAUAUAUGAAUUAAGAUCGAACAAAUGGAAUUGGUUAUUUUCAAUUCUCAAACAUUCGAGUUUAUUCAAAUAUGCUCGUGGUAUUGAAACAUGCAGUUUUUAUAUAAAAAUAUUAAUUCUAACUACAAAAAUUAGAUUGCAGACUCGACGUUCAUAGACGAGUAGCUUUUUACCGAAGUAAUGUAAGCAUAUACGCCAGUUUGUGGAAACGGGAUAAAUGACUGAUACUUGACCCCGAGAGUAGCAGCUUGAUAAUAAUAACCUAAUAAUUAUUACUGUUCCUCGUGAUACGAUGGAGUACAUAUAUGAUUAUUAAUAAUAAUAACAAUAAUAACAACAACAACAACAACAACAACAAUAAUAAUAGUGAUGAUGAUGAUGAUGAUGAUGAUGAUGAUGAUGAUGAUGAUGAUAUGCAUUAGUAAUACCUUUUUGGAUAAAAUGUGCAAUAAUAGGUUAAACAAUAAGUUUAGAUAUUGGCCUUACUAAGCAACAGCUCCAGGUGCACGACCUAAACAUAAAUCUAGCCUGUAAGCAUCCACAUGAAACGUUGCACACGUACACAUAUACAUAAUACCAUACCAAACAUUAACAUACAUGCCUAUAUAUACAUUAUACAUGGAUAUAAUAAUAAUAAUUUGAAAAAAUUCAAUGAGUUCAUAACAUGGGCCCUGUGAAGACAAUAUACGCAAGUCCUUACAGCAUCAGCUAGUCGUUACUAAUAAUAGGAGCAAACAAUGUAACGCUCUGUCUGCUCCAUCGUUCCCCUUGCAUAUCUCUCGCGAAUCGUGAGUCAGAAUUUGCUCGUAUAUGUAAUUGUGUGUGAAUCAUAAUUCCUAAUUAUUGUUGUCAAGUUAUGUGUAUGAAUAAUAAAUAAUAAUCCGUUUAUAGGUAUGAAACCAUGCAGUAACUGCGUAACUGUAUGAUCUGAAGCGUACAUUUCUAACAACAAUAGGUGAAAGAAAAAAAAACUUAGCUUGUCGAAAAGUUGAGGGAAUAGUUAUUUUGCAUAUAAAACCUGUGAAUGAAACUCUUAGUCAAUUUCGUUCAACCAAAUGGGGGUUGUCUUUUGCCUGAAAGUUAAUCUCAUAUGUAACGAUAUGCUUUUAUUAUUAUACUUGAAAACUAAAAAUCUGUCCUUGCUGCCUACUUAUGUAAUUGGAAUGAUUUUUCAUCCUUUUUAAGUUCUCACUGGUCACUCUCCUCUUGUUUUAGAAAUGAUCGAAUUUUGAUUUAACGUAAACCAUGCUCUGUACUGUGUCUUCGCGAUAGUAAAAUCUCUGGCCAAGUAACGGGCUCAACCGCUUCAAUGUCCACUUAUGAUGCGUUGAAUGCAAAUCCACAAAGAUCCUGUUUUUACGCAACAUUCGAGUUGAUGAGCUCUUCUUUUGAGAUCAGUUGAUAUUUAAUUAGAUAUUUAAUUUUAACAUCUGAUAUUUUUACAAAACUCGAGAAAAAAACUGUUUUUAUGCGGUUUGUUUUAUUGAGAAAUGAAAUAUUGAAAGCACUAUGAAAAAUGCAGGUCUGCUAUUGGUUAGAUGAAAUUGUAGUGGUUUGUACGUGUAACUGCACUGAUAAGUUCGUGGACUGGAUACAAAUCUCGGUUAAAUGAAAAUUCAUUCGUGUGUUACCAUGAUAACAUGUAAAAAAGUUGGGAACAAUCGUCCUAUGUAAGUUAUUCGGUGUAUUAAGACCAACAUUAUUGAAAGAUGAAUAUUGAAAAAAAAAAAACAGUUGAUAACUAGCUCGAUCUGUCGGUACAGAACAUUAUGAAAAAUAUAUUUGGUGCCAAUGUAAAAUAAAUUCUGUUAUUGUUGAUUAUUCAGAAAAAUGAUUAAAUUAGAGUUAAACUUUAGUGUCGAUAGUAGUAAUUCGCACCACAUAUAUUUUGAAAGAAAUUUAAGAAAUAAAUAAAAUAAUGUUAGCAAAUUUGUAAAGGUAUAUUUCUCAUAAAAUACCGUCUACUUCGUCAGCUAUAGAAUUACAUAAAUGAUGUACGACCUUUUAGUAUACAUGAUGAUGUCUGUACAUGCUAUUUAUACAAUUGAUAUCUUUGUUAUAUUGUUGGAGAUCAUCUGACAGCGUACAAUGUAACAAAAUAGAAGUGUGCCAAGUUUCGGCAGUAUUCUAAUGGCUGUUACAUACUGUACCAUUAUCCAUUCAUUUACAUUACGAUCAUAAUUGUUAUUAUUAUUAUCAUUAUUAUUAGUAUUGUAAACUCAUAUUAUUGAGAGUUGUAGAGUUUUGGAAGUAGCGUACAUGCGGUAAAGAUUCUGAAUGAAUAUUGCGAAUCCAGAAUAGGAAUGAAUCUAAUUAUUUGCCCUAUUUGUAUAGGAACGAUAAAAUUCUUAGAUUGAAGUAUUUUUAAGAGUAAAUAUAUGAAUCUGAAGUAGGCUGUAACAGAUUUAGAUGAUAAUCAAUGUUGGGAUUCAUACUCUGUAUUCCGAAGGUCCGAAAAAAAAAUUUCGUUCCCUGGGAACGUGAUAAAUAUAUAUAUUUUUUUUUUAGUAUCAAUGUUGUAUGCAUGUUAAAAUAUAUUUCUAUACAACAAGGAUUGAGUAAUUUUUAUCAUAAACAACUACGAACUGCCAUGUUCAUUUUAUGUGAUAAAGCGUAGAUAUAUAUAUCGUUUUACUUCUAAUCUUUAAUACUUGAUUUAAAUACAUAAUUGUUUGUGAUUAAACAUGAAAUUCAUUGUUGAAUUUUUAAUCAAAAAUACGGGGAAUAACAUUAACCUGCAUCUGGACUUUGUGGUUUUUAAAUUUCUGUCCCAAUUUCUGUCAAUAACUAGAUAAGGUAACAUUAAAAAAAAAAAACAUCUUUAAAAAAAGAAACGUGAAAUUCGACACAUUUUUAACACAAUGGUUCAAGUGCAUAUGACAUGAAGGGAUGAUAGAUCUGACGCAACAGAAUGUAGACUAUUCGGAACUAAUUUUUGCCUUCCACAGAAAAAAAAAAAUUCAAGCUUGGAUCAAUGAAAAUAAUCGAACUGCUGCAAUAUUGGUAUUCAACUGAUCGAUGAAAAUUUAGGCAAAUAGCGUGGAACAAAUUUAUUUUUCUAAAAUCUGCAUAAGCAAGGUCUGUGCUUCUUUAUUGAAUAAUCAAUGUGAAAAAGAUAAAUUAUCUAUGAUCUAUAAUCCCUUUGAAAAAUAAUUAAAUUAAAUAUUCAUAACUUCAAAUGAAAUAUUGCACUUACACCGUAUUAUUAGCUCCCUUGUUGGUGAAGAUACUCAGCCCUCGUAAGUGUGUAUCAAUGUAUUAUAGGAAACGCAGUAAUUUUAUAUAACUUUCAAGUAUGCCGAAUAUUAUGCAAUUAUUAGCAGUACUAAACAUUUAUACAAAACAAUGAACACACACACAUUGAAUGUAUAGGUAUGAUUACUUUAAUAUAAUGAGCAUUAUUGUACUGCAUCCGUUUUGUAUGAAUUCAUUGGUAUAUAUGUAUAUGUAUAUAUAAAUAUAUAAUAUUUACAAUAAUACACACGCAUAUAUAUUUACAUAACAUAUACAUCUAUGAAAUUUAUAUAGUGAAUGUUUAUUGUAUGUACAAGUUAUGCUCAAAGUCAGAAGUAUGGAACGAGUGAAAUCGAACACCAUGUCAUAGCGCAUUUAAAAUAAAACUGUCAUACUUCUUAUAUUCUCAAUACAAAUUAUAUGAAAUUGUGAAAACAUUGUAAUAGGCUGCUUGUAUGUAAUAAACUAAUUGAUAGUACUAGCAUAAUUUUCAUUCUUGUAAAUAUCUAUACACGGUUCAAAAAGAAAAAUGUAAUGCCAAUAUUCAUCAAUGUAAUCAUAACACAGGUUUUAGCAAUAUUAUAUGUACAGCAGAUUUACCAUCCAAAUGCAGCAUAUACUUCAUAUACUAUAUCGUUGUGUAAGUUAUACAUUAUCCAUACUUUGUUGAAUCUGCAGAAGUUGCAGCAUAUAUUUCUUUUGCAGCAUAUGUGUAUUGCAAUUGCAGUAUACUAACAAUGAGUAAAGAAUAAAAAGUAUGAAUCAUUGUAACUGAAUAUAAAUUAGUAAACUUGCUGUGUCGAAAAUUUACAAUACUAAAAAAAAUUCUAAAUGCGUUCAAGGAUAAAAGAUAUGGCACUGCAGAAUGAUUUAUUGAAAAAUACAUUAUUCAUUGGUCACAUGUAUGUUCAUAUUUAGCGAGGUAUGAUCGUGAGCUAGCAUACGUAAUUUCAUUGGAGGCAAUGGGUGAAGAAUCGGUCUGACAUGAACAGUUCAUUCCAAAGGUUUAUGUUUUGAUUAUGUCAUUUUUUAAUUAACACCAAUCCGCUGGAGUGUACAUUUGAAUAAUAAUUAGUACAGGACAAUAGAAAUAAUAGUUUUGAACAUCGUUAUUUAUCGCUACUUAACGAGAACGGAAAAUCUAACGGUUAACCAUUAGAUUUUAGUUUUACACGUUAGUGAUAAGGUUGAUAUUUCUGUUGUGAAAUAUUAAACAGUAUAUUUUAUUGUCCCUGCAUGUUUUCAUUUGCGCUAAUCUAAAUUAUAUGUAUCACACGGUAUGCAUUACUUUCUGUGUUUUGAUUGACUGAUUCAAAGCAAGAUUGUACAGAAUACAAUACGACGUGUUUACACAGAAGACUGCAAUACAGUAUUGUGCAGUUCGCAUUGAUUGCUAUGCAUUACCGUAUCAACUCAUCAUACCAAUUAAUCACAAUGAUUAACUCAUUUCUUGAAUUAAAAAUUGUCACAAACUAUGCUUUCCACCAGCCAAUAACAUAUACCAUUCAAGUAAACUAUAGCAAUAAUUUAAAACAAAUAAAAUUCCAAAAAAUGUAACAGCAUUGUAUAUAUUUCACUUACGACUACCUCAUAAUGUCAUUUAAAUAGGGUAUUAGAAGAAACUGAUACUUGAACAGUAUGAUGGGUAGUAGUUAUGAUUCAUAAUUUCUUUUCUGACUAAGCCUUACAAUCAUAAGAAUGUUGAUCCGUGCAUCAUAGUAAUGCAAAUGAAAUAUACUUAUAAUUAUUUGACGAGGUUUAAUACGCAACCACUGGGUGGACUUAUCAGUUUUUUAACGCUAUGUGUUGACUCUUUCCUGGAUUAGAAUGGUAUGGCAUCAUUCUAGUCAUAGAACAAAACUUGUUUAUCAAGGAUAAAUCUAUGAGAUAUUAUUACAAAAAAAUUAAGUCUUAAACCUACGGGUUCGUAAAAUAUAGUAAAAAUAAGAGAAAAAAUAAAUUAAAAAAAAAUUUCCUCAGGAAACGGAUUCCGGACUUUCGAUAUAUUAAAAAAUACUACUAGAAACUCCGUUAUUUAUAUGAUAUACUUUAAAGUGAGAAAGCUUUUAUCUCAGGUACCGAUAGACGUUAGUUAUGUUCUCAUGUAAUCGGUUUCCACUCAUUUUUGAAAUCACGUUGAAAUUCUCAACAAUGAUAAUCACGUUUGAACACUAUGUUACAUUUGGAAUACAUACUCUUGAACCAUCCAGACAAGCUGCUCUAUCUUGACGAAUUUAUUCAGCAGAUAAGUUGUUCUUUUCAAUUGUCUGGUAUAUUUUUAUUUUUGAUCAUAAUUAAGUUGCGCCUAUAUAUUACAUGUCGGUUGGUAAAAUGUCAGGGAUCAAAUACGAGCACAGCUCUAUGUCCGUAUUGA